AUGACUGCGAGAUCGGAACAGGCUGAGCGUACACGGGAGAUCCUGCGGCAUAUUGGGCGGAACAUCGAGUUCGCGCAGAUCGUCCGCACAAUUACUGUUCGCGCCCGCGCGCACUCUCGGCUGAACCCUGAUAUUCGUAUCCUCGAGGAUGCUUUUAAAUGUUUAUCCGACCUGGAAUCAUUGACCUGGAUCAGUCUGCGCCCCCCUCUACCCCCUGUGCUGUGGGAACACCUUGUGAAAGGAUCUGGACACACAAUCGUAUCACUGCGCAUUCCCGUUUCUUAUUACACUGACCUAUCUUUGCCAUGCUUCACGAACAUACGCCGCCUCGAAUUAGAUGGCGACGACGACAUGCCCACAGCGGUGGCCCAUGACGCUGUCGUCGCCGCUGACAGCGACAUGCUCUGCGAGUUUACUCUCCGCGGUCCUGCCUUGCUAAUCCACCCUCGGGUUGUUCCGCUUCUCUACCCUGGUUCCUCUCUGCAAUCACUCUCAAUCGUUCUCUCAUUCCCGUCCUUUUACGCACAUGGGGACGCUGAUCCGGUCUUGAGUAUUUUCGGCAACUCCCCGGCCAUUCUCCCAAACCUCACAUCGUUCAAACUGCUUUUGUCCGCGAAGGCGUCGCGCUCGGGCGUCGUCGCGCUCUCGUCGUUUCUCCGGGACAAACGCAGGCUCGUGCGGUUUGAUGUCAGCGUGAUGCUGCACAUGCAUGAUGUAUCCGGUCUGCGUCCCGUCUUGGAGCUGCUGCCGGAGUUGCCACAGCUACGCACGCUUGGCAUCCACUUGGACUGUGGCGGCAAAUUCGCGCAGGACGACUUGCGGGCUCUCGACGAAUCCCUCCCGGUUGGCCUGUCAAACCUGAUGUUGUGCAUGGAGAGCUGUCGGGAUACGAACACACAGCCGUAG